ACCUUACUCCUUAGACAAUGUUUUUAUUAUUUAAUGUCAUGGUAAUUUUAUCUUUUGCGUCAAGAAUACUAACAAAUGUUAAUAAAUGUGAUAUUAGAACUGCAAAAAAUAUGUGUGAGUCUGCAGAGAAAAUAUUAGCCCAACGAGCAGCGCAGUUAGCUCCAUCACUUACACAUGAAUUACACAAAGGGCAAGCCGGUAGAAUUGGUAUUUUUGGAGGAAGCAUCGAAUAUACAGGUGCACCUUAUUUUUCAUCGAUAAGUACACUCAAAGUUGGAGCCGAUUUGGCUUACGUAUUCUGCAAUAAAGACGCUGCUACUGUAAUUAAAUCUUACAGUCCUGAGCUCAUAGUAUUACCAGUUCUAGACGAUUCGGAAGCCUUAUCAAAAAUUGAACCAUGGUUAGAUAGGUUACAUGUAAUUCUCAUUGGACCUGGAUUGGGUCGCCAUAAUAGUACGUUUAAUGUAAUUGAAGGAGUUAUAAACAGUUGCAGGGACAAAAAGAAACCAAUGGUAAUUGAUGCAGAUGGUCUCUACUUAAUAUCUCAGAAACCAGAAUUGCUAAAAAAUUACCCAGCACCUAUUGUUUUAACUCCUAACAUUAUGGAGUUUAAUCGACUUGUGGGUCAAACUGCAGGCGAUGGAACCAAAUUGGAACGGUCAACUACUUUUUUUAAUAAGUUAGGAGGAAAUAUUACUAUUUUGUGUAAGGAUUAUGAAGAUGAAAUAAUCAGCAAUGGAAAAAGUGUUAAAGUAGUGGGCGGCGGAUCGGGAAGACGAUGUGGAGGACAAGGGGAUUUAUUAGGUGGAUCUCUUUCCACUUUUUUAGCUUGGGCUAUAAAUAAGAAUGAAGAUCCCAUUGUGGCUUGUUAUGCUGCAGCCAGACUUACACGACAGUGCAACGAAAGAGCAUUUGCGAAACAUGGUAGAAGUAUGACUACAACAAAUAUGAUAGACGAGAUUCAUGAUGUUUUCGAGGAUAAUUUUGAAUAUAAAUAAUUUGUAAGCCGACAACACGAAUUUUGUAUUUUUUGUAAACGGUUUGCAGUAGCCCUGUCGAGACAAGGAUAGUAUACAGAGAUGCAGUAUGUUAUUUUAGAGAUUACCAAGCUUUCACAUAGGGUUUUUUUCAUGUUAAAUAUUGUUUACUUGCAUAUAAGAGUCUUAGACGAAAAUAACAAUUUUUUGACACUUGAGAAACAUGUUCAACAAAUUUUAAAUUUUCAUCUAAAUACAAACCCAAAUUCUUUUCACAAGGAGAAAAUUUUAUUUGUUCACCAUUUACCCUAAUCUGCAUGUCCGAUUUAAGCAUAUUCUUAUAUAUUUUUGGAGAAAACAACAAAGAUUUUGAUUUUUUAGCAUUUAAUUUCAAACCAUGCCCUUUCACAUAUUCGCUUAUUUUAUGCAAAUCUUGAUUUAUGCGGACAUUAGCUAUUUCAUAUUCGGAAGGAUUAAAAUGAAAAUAUAAUUGAGUGUCGUCUGCAAAUAACUGUUUUUUGCAAAAUUGUAAAUAUUUAGUCAUAUCAAACGUGUAUAAUAGGAAGAGAAGGGGUCCUAGCACAGAGCCCUGUGGGACGCCAGAGCAAAUAGAUUUUAAUUUGGAACAUUUACCACCAAUAACGACUCUCUGUUUUCGGUCUGUAAGGUAGCAUUUGAAGAAAUUAAGAGCCAUAUUAUCAAAUCCAAG